UAUCAGCUUAUCGGACUCUAUGCACACUAAUCGCUUGGCGGUCUUACACCACAUCCUUGGUUGAAGCCAACCAUACCAGGAGUCGAAGCCGAUAACCGAGACUCGAAAUGACCUCUUCUCCAUCACCGACUCUUCAACUUUGAUGAUACCAGGCUGGUUUGCUAAUAUAACCGCUAUGCGGCACUCACCAUGGGUGCGAUGUCUCAUUGCCCCUUUUGCCGUGAUCGGCCUUGUGACCCAGGCUAGCGGAUAUCCUCAUCAAAAUGUUCUGCUUUCAGAUCCCGAAGGAACAAGAGGAGCGGUAGCAAGCGAGAGCAUAAUAUGUUCUCAAAUCGGUAUCAACCUUAUGAAGCAUGGGGGCAAUGCUGCGGAUGCUAUGGUGGGGACAAACCUGUGCGUUGGUGUAAUAGGGAUGUAUCAUUCCGGAAUAGGGGGCGGUGGUUUUAUGCUGGUCCGGGACCAGCAUGGCAGAUAUGAAUCUAUCGACUACAGGGAGACCGCCCCUGCAGCGGCUUUCCAGGACAUGUACAAGGACAAUGUCAAUGCGAGCAUCUACGGCGGCCUAGCCGCUGGGAUUCCGGGUGAGUUGAGGGGGCUGGAGUAUCUGCACAAUAAAUACGGCGCUCUCCCUUGGAAAACAGUUGUGAGCCCAUCAGUUCGGCUCGCACGGAACGGUUUUAAUGUCACAGAAGACCUCGUGCGGUAUAUGGCCUUUGCGAUAUCGGAAAGCUCUGGAAACCGAAAUUUCCUGGUUGAGGACCCGAUCUGGGCAGAAGAUUUUGCCCCUAAUGGUACUUUAUUGAAGCUUGGUGAUGUUAUAACGAGGAAACGCUAUGCCGAUACCUUAGAAACUAUUGCCAAUCAUGGGCCGAGCGUGUUUUACGAGGGCGAGAUCGCCAAGUCGAUGAUCGAUCUCAUACAAGCAACGAACGGAACCAUGACUCUGGAGGACCUGAAGGGUUACAAUGUAUCGAUAAAGGAGGCGCUCAGAAUCGACUAUCGUGGUUACAAGCUCUUCACGACAGAGGCCCCGUCUAGCGGGGCCGUCACUCUCAGCCUCCUGAAGACCAUGGAGCAGUACCCAUUGGAGGACAGCAAGGACGUUGACCUAAGAACCCAUCGCUUUGAUGAGGCAAUGCGAUUUGCGUACGGGGCACGCCAGAACCUCGGCGAUCCGAAUUUUAUCAGACACAUCGACGAGUAUGAGGACGAGAUGCUGAGCGAAGCCAGGGCAAAGGAGAUCCGCAAGCGCAUCAGAGACAACGAGACGCAACCAGUGGAAGCUUAUGACCUGAACGGCACCUACUCGACGGAAGGCUUUGGAACCUCCCACAUGGUGACCGCCGAUAACUCGGGCAUGGCCAUCUCCUCCACCACGACCAUCAACCUUCUGUUCGGCGCCCAGAUCAUGACCCCCGACACGGGGAUCAUACUGAACAACGAGAUGAACGACUUCUCCAUCCCCGGGGUCCGCAACGCCUUCGGCUACGAGCCCUCGCCCAACAACUUCGUGGCGCCGGGGAAGCGGCCGCUCUCGUCGCUCACGCCCGUCGUCGUCGAGCACGCAAACGGGACCUUCUACUUCACGACCGGCGCCGCCGGGGGGUCCCGCAUCAUCAGUUCGACGGCGCAGACGGUCUGGCACGCCAUCGAGCACGGGAUGAGCAUGCCCGACGCCAUCGCCGAGCCCCGCCUGCACGACCAGCUCAUGCCGAACGUGAUGACGUUCGAGUGGGCCUUCGACAACGGCACCGUGGCGAGCAUGGCGGACAAGGGCCACAACGUGACGUGGGUUGGCCCUGGCGGGAGUGCUGUCCAGGCUAUCAGACUGUUGUGGAACGGGACAUUUGAAGCCGCCCGUGAGACGAGGCAGAAGAACAGUGGCGGUUUGAGUAUAUAGUGAGCUACCGGACAUGAAAAAUGUCUGAGCCACGCAAGUGUAUAUACCGCGGGUUGAAUCAUAUUUGUGUAUAUCAUUUUGUUCAUUGAACCUCUCGCAUGGG